AUGAAUAGUGCAGCACUUUCUUUAGCUGCUAGUAUGUUUGAUAGUGCAAUGGAUAACGAACAUAAUUUGCCAGAUACAGAUAGUGAAUUGUACAUACUUGGUAUAAAAUAUACAACACCAAAUGAUACAUAUGCAAUUAGCGAUGAUGUACUUAGUCGAUACUGGUUUACUUAUCGGACAAAUUUUACUCCUAUUGGUGGUCCCAAUGGUCCGACAAGAGACACUGGUUGGGGUUGUAUGAUGAGAUGUGGACAAAUGAUGUUAGCAGAAGCAUAUCUUCGUUUUUUUCUUCCAGCUGGACGAUAUUUUCGUUGGCAUCCAAAUUUAACUGAUAAAGCAUACUGGGAAAUAUUAAAUAUGUUUAUUGAUAGACGACAUUCCUCCUAUUCUAUACAUCAAAUCGCACAAAUGGGUGCAUCAGAGGGAAAAGACAUUGGUCAUUGGUUUGGACCAAAUACAAUUGCACAAGUUUUGAAACGUUUAGCAUCAAAUGAAUUUGAUAAGCAAGUGGUUGUACAUGUUGCAAUGGACAAUACACUCAUUAUUGACGAUGUUUUAAAACAAUGUCGUCUUGGUUCAAAACAGCAGUCACAGUCGAUUAUUGCACGAAAUAAUAAAAAAUCCGAACAGCAAUCACAACAACAAUCGACAAAUUGGAAACCACUGAUAUUGAUUAUUCCACUAAGAUUAGGUUUGAGUGAUGUCAAUAUAGAGUAUAUUGAACAAUUAAAAAUCUGUUUCAAAAUACCUCAAACUCUUGGAUGUAUUGGUGGAAAGCCAAAUCAUGCACAUUAUUUUGUGGGCUAUUUAGAUCCAUAUGAAUUACUCUAUCUUGAUCCACAUGUUACUCAGUCCUAUGUUGAUACUACUACACAAAUGGAUGAUAUGACAUAUCACUGCGAUCGUAUUAAUCGUAUGAAGUUUUCUGGACUUGAUCCAUCUUUGGCUUUGGGUUUUGCAUGUAAAACAGAAGCUGAUUUUGACGAUCUUAUUGGAAAACUAAGAAAAAAUUUAAUCGAGACAACUAAACGUCCAAUGUUUGAAAUAUGUGAUUCAAAUCCAUUUGACGCACACGCUCAAAAUAUUGCACAUAGCGAAGUUGUUACAUUGGACUCUGAUGAUGAUUUUGAAGUUGUUUGA